AUGGUCAGGGAGGCAGCAAUGGGAGACCAAAUUUCCCUCCCUGCCCAUGAUUCCAAAGGAAAAAAAAAGAAAAAAAAGGCAGCCCAAGCAGCAGCAACGUCCGCAACACGCGGCGAAACAGCCGACGGAGAAGCAGUCCUCGGCCGAAGCGCCGGCAGUUGCGUCAUGUGUCCUCCCAUGACGAUCCUCCAUACUAGCGCAGGGUCUCGCCACAUGCAGACAACCUUUAUCCAGUGCAAUCUUAAUCACUGCAGCGUGGCGCAAGAUCUAGUCCUCCAGUAUAUGGCGGAGGAGAAGAUAGAUAUUGCACUCCUGAGCGACUCGUAUAGAGUCGAUACUAGCUCCAAUGCCUGGCUUGCAAGUUCCGGUCUGAACAAGGCGGCCAUUUAUAUUGCGAGUGACAGAGUAUCCAUAGCCAACGUGAUAGCUGACCCAGAAUUUGUAUCCGCUCGUAUCAACGGGGUACAGGUUUAUAGUUGCUAUGCGUCCCCCAACCAACCCCACGCUGGCUUUACUCUUUUCCUCCAACGGCUUGAAAACAGCAUCAGAACCAUCAGCCGAGGCGCACCUAUUCUGGUCACCGGCGAUUUCAACGCCAGAUCCGCGGCCUGGGGAGAUUGGAUGAGCAACGGGAGAGGGGAUGAGCUGGGACUGAUGCUCGAGUCUUUGGACCUGAUCAUCAUUAACUCUGGCUCCACUCCCACCUUCUCCAGGGGUGCCGGCUCCAUUAUCGACCUAACACUCACGUCAGAAUCCUUAGCUGGGCGCACCAGCAACUGGAGAGUCAUGGACCAGGUCUUCAACAACAGCGACCAUCAUUAUAUUCGGUUUACGAUCUCCGAAAACCUAGUACACCAGUCAUUGCCCACCACUGACGUCCCCCGUGGUUUGAACACCUCAGGCGGAAUAGACAUUGAAGCAAUGCACAUCGGCCUACUGCUUGCGGAAUGGCUUGAUGGAGGGCCCCAGCCCGACUCAUGUGAUGCUGAGUCAGGAGCGUCAACCCUACGAUCUCGGAUAACCUCGGCAUGUGACUUUUCCCUACCAAAGCGUCGCGCCCCGAAACCAGGGAAGCCGCCUGUCCACUGGUGGAACACAGAAAUCAGCAACCUUAGAGCCGAGUGCGCAAGGGCUAAGCUCAAGAAGGUGAGGAUGGUGGCCCGGGUUGCCCGCCUCACACAACGUGCUAACGCGGACUUCGAUAACGAUCGUGCCACCUCCGAACUGGAAAGAACCAAAUCUGAUUUUGUCGUGGCCAAAAGACGGCUAAAGCACGCGAUAUCCCGUAGCAAAAAAGCCUGUUGGAGCGAGCUCAUCGCCUCCGUCGACCAGGACCCAUUCGGGAAGCCCUAUAAGAUGGUAAUGCGGAAGCUCAGAGGUCCCCCCGCAACAGCCACCAUGGAACCGGAAAUGCUGAAAACAGUCGUCAGCACACUAUUCCCCACCCACCAGCAAAGGCAAGCUGAGGUGAACGAGCAACCUGUCGAUUGGGAUGUUCUAAUUGUCUAUGUAAAAAUUAUUUAG